GUCUCGAGAGCAACUGAUACUUGAUGAGCAAACUGUCAGUCAGCGUCCUACGUUCGCUCAGGAUGGACAUAAAAUACGUUUUGGUAGAUUUUUUCACAGACAACACCGUUCAUAUAUGUGAACUUUCACAAAUAAAACACAAAAAUAUGUCAAAACUACACCCCGAGGCCAUUCACAAGUGGAACAAAGAUGAGGAAGCAUAUGUUUACUGGAAGAAAACUUCGUCAGGCGAGCUGCAGCGUUGGCCUUGUCGAGUCAUCCAGUUUAGUGGAGAGCGUCAGCCCUUAAUUGACUUGAGAAAAAAAAUUGAAAAUGGCUGUGACUUUGACAGUUUACCCCUCUUUGCAACAGAGGAAACAUUAGGAAAGGGUAGAAGAGAGAAAGUAAAAAGGUCCUCAACAGAUGUUGGCGAGACUUCAUUUCUGGACCUGGAAAAUGCACCGGUAACCAAAAAAAAGAAAAAUACCAAAAACAUCAUUCAACAGAAGAUUAUGGCUGCGGUGAAACAAAGCUGCACUCAAAUAAAUGAACCAAGACCUGCCGUGGGAGUGCUGAAGGAUUCAAGUGUACCAAGUCCUUUGUCUCCUCAGCCAUGUAAGAGGUCAGACAUGGCUGAAGAGAUCAAAGAGUUUAAAAAUGAAAUUAAAGAGCUUAAAGAAGAUUUAAAAUAUGAGCGUCGCUUCAGGAUAAAAGCAGAGAGAGAGCUGAGGGAGUGGAAAGAAAUGCAUGCUGUUGUGCAGGAGCUUAAAGGCACAGUAGGAGAAAUAAAGAUGUGCAUUUCAAAGCACAAGCCUGACACUCUGCAGACCUCAUCUUCUCAAAACAUCUGUUCUCAAACUCAAGAACCAUGCUCUGCUCAAGGAAGUAAGCAGGUAGUCGAUUACAUCAAUUUGGGGGAGGGGGUGCGGAUCAAGAGAAGCCAGUUUGAUAGGAUCAACACCCAAGAUUUUAAAAAAUUUACCAGCGAGCUUUUCCUUGUAACCUUUGGGCGAGAAACUCUUGCCACUCACUCUCUAAAUGGAAGAAAGGCACCCAAUGCAGAGACCAGCAAGGAGGCACUUCCAGCUCACACAGUGUCCGUCUUAAUAGACUAUAUCCAAAAGAAAUUCAGUGUGUCUUCAUCUGAUGUAAAGGCAGUCAUAAGAACCAAGCUUAACAACGAGGACAAGCUAUUCAAAAAACGAAACCUUCCUGAGUAAUGAAAAUAGACUAUAAAGUGUUUAUUUGCAAAUGAUUAAUUUAUUAAUUUAGUUUCUAACUCUCAGCCGGUUAUUUAAAGUUUAAAUAAAUAAAAAAAUGUAUUGUUAAAUUGCAGAUUCACUGUUGUUUUGUACAUAAAUUAAUAUAUGUGUGAAAAUAAAACUAUUUUCUGGAUAACCCGGUUGUAUCUGUACAGCACUUUAUUAGUACUUGUACUUUAGUUGUAAUCUUUAUUUUAGUACUACUGCAGUUGUACUGCAGUUUAGAAAUACUUCAGCUGUA